UAAAAAAGUUCCCUUUUUUUUUUUUUCCAAAAAAGCCCGGAAGCCUUGUUUGCCGGGCACUUAAAAUCCCGAUUAGUUCAUACACGUCAGAAAUCAAUCCCCAAGAUACACUGUCGUAUACAUAUCGCAAUUCGCAACUCGCGAGGCUUAAGUGGUACUGGUACGAGUUGAAUCUCCUCUGCUCCAAUUCUUUAAAUGCUGGUAUAAAACAAGGGGGUGAAACUGAAAUGGGGUGGUCUCAUCCAGACAUGUCAUUGGAAGAUCUGUUGACACUCAUUAAGGGGUUUGUUGAUAUCUUGAUUUUGGCAUCUGGGUAUCAAUCAACUGGGCUUUUUGCUCACUGGGAUUCUCACAAUAUCAAGAACGCUUUUCAGUGGGCCACUUUCUUUGAAAAUUUGGUUAGUCGGCUGCGGUGCUUAGAUGAUCAGCAAGACUCCUUGAAGGAGCUUGAUGUUGCACUAUCCGAGAUGAAGUCUAGUCCGCUUUUUCCACAGGGUCUUGAGCAGCUAUCAUCUACCACUCUUGGAAGAGCAAGGAAGUUUGUCCUAGAACACCUGAUUCGAGCGCUACCUCUCAGAGAAGCACAUUUAAGAGCUUUUAUUACAGGAACUAUCGAACUGGACCUUGAUGACAUUCAUAGUACCGAAAGUGAUCCCCUGAAUAUAUAUCUUGAUGAGUUGAUGCUAAAAAGCGCAAUGUUGGACCCAGCGUCAAAAGGGAUGUCUUCCAUGCAGGAGUCAAGAACUUCAUAUCCAGAAGCUAUACCCAAUCUGGCAUCUGGAUGUGGAUCUGAUGGUAAUCUUACGAUGCUUACAAUCCAUGAGCUCAUGAGAAGGCAUUCAUCAGUGAUCUGCAUGUCAUCAGUUGAAACAGGCUUGGAUGUUCUGUCUAAGACCUUAGCCAAGAGCAACUGGAGUGAGAUCGCUGAUAUGUUAGUCACAAAGAAUUUAGAACCACCAGCAGCGCUAGUGGCUGAGGUACAAGUUAUCGACCCUGACACAUGGAAUAUGUGGAGAACCAAAAAUAUGUUGUAUUUGCUGGAUAAGAGGACUAUAAGAGUAGUCUCUGGCGCCUCUAUGAUAUUUUCUGCCCCUAGAGUUCAAUGGUUGCAGGUGUUAGAACGACUAGAUAUAUCAGGAGAAGGAAGUGAUGACAUAUUUAUUGAAACAGUUGAACUCUUGUUAUUGGGGUGUACUGCUGACAGAUGGAGUACAUUGGUUGACCAUUUUAUGUCAAUAAGUUAUGAACCUCUUACCAUCACAAGGAUGUGCAAUGAAGUGCACAACUUACUCUUGCGAAGAUAUCCAAACAUAGAUGCUGACAAGGAAGUAUUGAAUUCAAAGGAGAAAGGUAUUCUUGGGCAUCUGGAUGUUCUGUUGAGCAGUCAAGUUCGUCAGUUAUGGAAGCUAUCACCUAUUCUAGCAGCAAUAUCUAUCCCUCCCUGGUCAGAGUUGUUCAAGUUGUAUGUAAGUGAAUUAGAGAGUCAGUUCAAAGAAGAAUCUUUUGCAAUCAGAUGGUGUAAAGACGGCAAGGAGCACAAAGAUUCAGGUGAGGUUGCUGAGAGAAUUUGGUGCCUUUACAUCUUUCACAUCCAGGGCUCCCACAGAACGAAUGAAGCUACUAGCAGUUGAGGCAGAUCAGUAUCAUGCUGCAGAUGGCUUGCUCAAUUGGAUUCAAGGAGAUGGGAAAUACGACAAUGCUGAGUCUGACAAUCCAAAAAUUAAGUCUCAUUCUCCCUCUAACGUGACCCGAGGCCAUCCUACCGCGAUCGUCUGGUUGAAGUAUGUUGGAUUCCGUUCAUCCUGUUGUUCUCGCAACAAUGCCAGUGGCAGACUGCCUAUGGCUAUGGGGGCUGGGACAAAAGAAAAAUCCCCUUGCUUCUUGAUGCUAAUGGGCGAGGAGGACCACAGUUGAAUAAAUGACAAAGACAAAAGGAAAGUUGGCCUCAAAUAUUUAUUUAUAUAUUUAGGAGAGGAAGAAAUGGCAUCUGUUGGUCCCUCCCUGCCCUUUUAGGCAAUUGAAAGAGCAUCAUUUCCUCACGAAUAACCACACCACACCAUUAUCAUACCUCCCCUUGGUUUUCUCAUUCUAAAUGCUUAAUUCUCAGAAUAUAUUAUUGUAUAUUAGGUUAUUUGCUAAUUUGUUGUACAGUAUUUGUUUAUUCCUUAAUUAAUUAUCUUUAGUUGUUGAUCAA